AUGGGCGACAUUGACAUGGAGGCCGGUCUCGAAGACGCAGCGCCAUCGCCCUCUGCCACGUCGCAAGCCAGCAAGCAGUCACCCACGGCCACCCUCAAUGCGCAAAUGCUUGGGACCAAGGCCGCCGCUCCCAAGCCGACGCCACCUAUGGUGCAUAUUCUCGUCGUCUAUCUCGGCUGCUUCAUCGUCCAAUCAUAG